AUGCCCAUCAUCACAGACUACAAGCUCCCCAAAUCGGCGGAAGCAUUGGAUCUGCCCACCGACUCCAACUCGCCUUUUUUCAUCUCCUUCCAUGCCUCUCGCGACCCAAACACAGGCGCACCUUGGUGUCCAGACGUAAGGGCCGCUUUACCGCCCCUUGAGGCUGCUUUCUCUACCGAUACCGCUCCUCGUGUCGCUUUUAUUGAAGUCGGCCAGCGACCUGAAUGGAAAGACCCCAAGAAUGUUUACCGGACUAAGUGGAAUGUACAUAGUAUACCUACUUUGAUUCGCUACGAACGAGUGGAUGGCACGGUGAAGGAGGUUGGCCGUUUGGAAGAAGCUGAGAUUCUUGAUUCGAAGCGACUCAAGGAUUUGAUUAAUCGCCCACCUGUUUCAUUAUGA